AUGGCUGAAACUCGGCGCGGCUACAUCUUUGGCGCUUUCCUUUCCGGAGUUCUGUGUGUUUUAUUAAUUAUUGUGGCUUUGGCUAGUGAAGGAUGGGUUGUCUCAACAGCUACAACGAAUGAACAAUACAAGGAUAGUACAGUUCGCUACGGACUCUUCAAAGGAGAGCUAGCCUUACAUCUUCUCAUCACUCCUUCAUAUAACAAGCUUUACAUGACAUGUAUUUCGGAAGUUAACGCGUGCGCUGUUAGUUGUAAGACGGAGCAACAGGCGCGAGACGAAGAGGUACGCGCGCUGUCCCAGGGAUUCAGACCGAAUCAAGCCUGUGUUUCGAUAACGACUGUGGACACUACUAACCCACUGGAAAAUCCUCCAGUGAUAUCCUACAGCGUGUAUGUGAGCCUGGUAACAUUACUGGUUUGUCACCUGGUAUUAGCAGCUGUUGCAGCAGGUCUUGCCAUACUCAAUGCUACAAAGAACCCCACAGAACCUAUAUUCGGAUUGCCAGGUUGUCUAUGGUUAAACGUGGCUACUGCGAUAGUAGGAACGACGUUUCUGAUGUUCUUUGGAAUUUACUGGGCAACAUCUGGCUGGAAUGAACACCUCGCCUUCUCGUACACUGCGUUAGGAUUGCUUAGUCCUUCGCCAGGACUCGGAUUUUCGUACUGGCUUCUACUGGGCGCUGUGCUAUGCUCUCUAGGAAAUAUCUGCCUACUGUUAGUCCGUAACUACCUGUUGGAACGAGAUCCACCACCACCCACGAUCAAAUUGGAGAACCAUUCAGAUGGCACUAUCUUUCUAUACUAA